AUGAUCAUCGCACGCCAAUCCUUUAUCAGGCCGUUCAUUUUCUCGCUUCUAGUUGUGUCAGUGACAUCGUCCAAAGUGCUUCAUCUUCUCCAACAUGCCUCCUCUCUCCCCGGCGGCCAAUUUGCGCUCUACUUUCCGACAUUCUUCAUCCUUGAAACUCUUCUAUGCGUAGCCGCGUGGGAGUUAGUAUUCAAAUUUACGGGCGUAAAGUCCCUUUUAGGCACUACUGUGACAGUGGCCAUAACAUCUCUGAGCUUUAUCCUAGCUUCAUCUCAAAUUGGUUUCUAUUUUGUGACUGGCAGUGAGAUCCGCUGGGAUGCAGCCACAGCCGUGGGAAAUGACCCAGAAGGGAGAAAGCUGAUGCUCAGCGGACUGAGAUCGUUUUUGGGGGCUGCCUGCACCCUUCUAGCGAUCUCAUGGCUACUCAAAUAUUGCAUAUACGUUCUCAUAGGCCAUUGGAUGUCUGCGCUUUUUAGCGCCCAAACCGAAAAGGCAGACGAAGAAGGCAUUGUGAUCAGUCCCCAGAGAAAGUCGCGGGCAGCACGACUCACUCAAUUUUGGACUGUAUGCGCCGCGGCAAUCAUUGGACUAUUGCGCUUCACUCGGCCUCAAGUGCCUUAUAACCAUAUGUCUGAAACUAUCCCAUUUAGCUUUUUCCGGGCUUUGGGUUCGAGACCUACUGAGCUGCAUCAAGCUGGAGAUCAACCAUUUCCACUUGCGAGCCUGAUUGAUGAGCCAUAUUGGGAAGGCCCACACGAUCACUUCAAGGGCUGGACCCCGGGAAAGCCAGACUCCAGCGCCAAAAAGAAUAUACCCGCAUGGGCAUCCGAGAAUUUACCACCAGGGUUCGAGCGGUGGAGCGAAGGAGAGUUUGACGGAGAUGAAGAAGAGAGUGAUGGUCUGGAUGGAAACGCGACUUCUAAGAAGAACAUUUAUAGCCCCAUGAUCGACCCUCUCCGAAUCACCAACCUCGACCAUGAAAUGCUCGAGCCUGUAGCUCAGGCUCUCAAGAACCACAAAGUUCCCAUUACGCAUGUCGUGCUUGUGUUGAUGGAAAGUGCUCGGAAGGACAUAUUUCCCUUCAAGGCAGGCUCACACUUGCACGAGGAAAUUCUAUCGUCCUACAAUACCCAAGACCCCGAAUUACUCCAAAAGGUCAACGCCAAAUUAUCAAAUUUGACACCAAACGCAGAGAAGUUGACGGGCGAGACGAGUGGACUAUUGACAAAUAGCAGCAUUUCUCGCCCCUUCAGCGGUGGGUGGAAUGACACAACAGAACCAGGAAUGGGCGGCAUCAAUGUCAAUGGUAUCCUCACUGGUAGCAGUCUAUCGUUCAAAAGCGCAGUCAUGAACUACUGCGGUGCAGGCCCACUGCCGGUGAACUUCAUGGAUGAGAUCAACUCCCAGAAUUAUCAGCCGUGCAUCAUGCAGAUUUUUGAAUUAUUCAACCAACUCAAGGAGAGCUCGACUAAGAAGGCUACAAUAAAUCAUAAACCUGAGACUGGAAUUGAGCACAUUCAUGAUCGAAACUGGAGCUCUGUGUUCUUGCAGUCUAUCACAGGGCUGUACGAUGACCAAAAUAAGCUCAACAAGCAGAUGGGGUUUCAAAAGUCCAUCUACAGCGAAGAAAUUAGCCACCAAAGUGCCAAAUAUUACCACGAGAACAUGGAGGAGAUCAAUUACUUUGGAUACCCGGAGUACGAGAUAUACCCAUACCUGCGAGAUGUGGUGAACAAUACAAUCGAGAACAACGAAAGACUUUUCCUAUCCCAUUUCACGAGCACAACCCAUCACCCAUGGGGCACACCUGCGGAAUACCAGGAAGAGCAAUACUUUUCUGGAGACGGUCUCAUAUCGAAGCAUGAGGAGAUUAACAAAUAUCUGAAUGCGGUCCGAUACGUGGAUACGUGGCUUGGCGAGAUGAUGAAGGUCCUCGACGAGGCUGGGAUUGCAAACGAGACAUUAGUCGUAUUCGUGGGAGAUCAUGGCCAGGCGUUCCCCGAAGACGCUCCAGUCUCCGGCACAUAUGAGAAUGGACAUAUCAGCAAUUUCCGCAUUCCCCUUGUUUUCCGACACCCGCUAUUGCCCGCACUGCAAAUCACAGCAAAUGCAACCUCGAUGUCUGUCGUCCCGACCAUUCUUGAUCUACUCGUGAAUUCGGGCUCGUUGGACGAGAUGGACUCCAAUGCAGCCUUAGACCUGAUGAAUGAAUACGAAGGACAGUCACUGGUGCGCCCGCACCGAGCUACCCACAAUGGGCGACAGGCAUGGAACUUCGGCAUUAUCAACCCUGGUGGUACAAUGCUCAGCGUCGGGUCUGCGGCAGUCCCGUAUCGACUCAUAUUGCCGCUGGCGGAGGACUUCGAAUACGUUUUCUCUGAUCUAGACACUGACCCGAACGAAUUGAGUCCAUUGCGUGGGUGGUCCCUCGAGGAGUUGAUCAGUCGUGUACAAAGGCAACAUGGAGAUAAAGCCGGGAAGUGGCUGGUAGACGCGGAGAAAGUGGGAAAAUGGUGGAUUGAGGAGCAAAAAAGACUAUGGAAUUACCAAUAA